GCUGCUGCGCAUGCGCAGGCGGGCCGGGGCCCGAGUCUCCUUUGCGGCCUCUGCUGCCGCGGCCGCUUCCCGUGGAGUUGAGUCUCGUGCUUUCUUCCUUCGCUCGCUGGCGGGUUCGCGCCUUUCACGUCCUCGGGCAGCGAGGCUGGGGAAGGGGUUGGAGGGGGCUGUUGACCGCUGCCUUUAAGUUGUGCUCGGGGCGGCCAUGUCGGCCGGCGAGGUCGAGCGUCUAGUGUCGGAGCUGAGCGGCGGGACCGGAGGGGAUGAGGAGGAAGAGUGGCUCUAUGGCGGCCCAUGGGACGUGCAUGUGCACAGUGAUUUGGCAAAGGACCUAGAUGAAAAUGAAGUUGAAAGGCCAGAAGAAGAAAAUGCCAGUGCCAAUAAUCCUCCAUCUGGAAAUGAAGAUGAAACUGCUGAGAACGGCGUACCUAAACCGAAAGUGACUGAGACUGAAGAUGAUAGUGAUAGUGACAGUGAUGAUGAUGAGGAUGAUGUCCAUGUCACUAUAGGAGACAUUAAAACGGGAGCACCACAGUAUGGGAGUUAUGGUACAGCACCUGUAAAUCUUAACAUCAAGACAGGAGGAAGAGUUUAUGGAACUACAGGAACAAAAGUCAAAGGAGUAGACCUUGAUGCACCUGGAAGCAUUAAUGGAGUUCCACUCUCUGAGGUAGAUUUGGAUUCUUUUGAAGAUAAACCAUGGCGUAAACCUGGUGCUGAUCUUUCUGAUUAUUUUAAUUACGGGUUUAAUGAAGACACCUGGAAAGCUUACUGUGAAAAACAAAAGAGAAUACGAAUGGGACUUGAAGUUAUACCAGUUACCUCUACUACAAAUAAAAUUACGGCCGAAGACUGUACUAUGGAAGGUACACCAGGUACAGAGAUCCAAGAUGGCAGAUUCAAUCUUUUUAAGGUACAGCAGGGAAGAACUGGAAAUUCCGAGAAGGAAGCAGCACUUCCAUCUACAAAAGCUGAGUUUACUUCUCCUCCUUCUUUGUUCAAGAGUGGACUCCCACCAAGCAGAAACAGCACCUCUUCUCAGUCCCAGACAAGUUCUGCCUCCAGAAAAGCCAAUUCAAGCGUUGGGAAGUGGCAGGAUCGAUAUGGGAGGGCCGAAUCACCUGAUCUAAGGAGAUUACCUGGGUCAAUUGAUGUUAUUGGUCAGACUAUAACCAUCAGCCGAGUUGAAGGAAGGCGACGGGCAAAUGAAAACAGCAACAUACAGGUCCUUUCUGAAAGAUCUGCUACUGAAGUAGACAACAAUUUUAGCAAACCACCUCCAUUUUUCCCUCCAGGAGCUCCUCCUACCCACCUUCCACCUCCUCCAUUUCUCCCACCUCCUCCAACUGUCAGCACUGCUCCACCUCUGAUUCCCCCACCAGGUAUUCCAAUAACUGUACCACCUCCAGGUUUUCCUCCUCCACCAGGUGCUCCACCUCCAUCUCUUAUACCAACAAUAGAAAGUGGACAUUCCUCUGGUUAUGAUAGUCGUUCUGCACGUGCUUUUCCAUAUGGCAAUGUUGCCUUUCCCCACCUUCCUGGUUCUGCUCCUUCAUGGCCUAGUCUUGUGGACACCAGCAAGCAAUGGGACUAUUACUCAAGAAGAGAGAAAGACCGAGACAGAGACCGAGACAGAGACAGAGACCGAGACCGAGAUCGUGAUCGAGACAGAGAAAGAGAGCGCACCAGAGAGAGGGAGCGAGAGCGUGAUCAUAGUCCUACACCAAGUGUUUUCAACAGUGAUGAAGAACGAUACAGAUAUAGGGAGUAUGCAGAAAGAGGCUAUGAGCGUCAUAGAGCAAGUCGAGAGAAAGAAGAACGACAUAGAGAAAGACGACACAGAGAGAAAGAGGAAACCAGACACAAGUCAUCUCGAAGUAAUAGUAGACGUCGCCAUGAAAGUGAAGAAGGAGACAGUCACAGGAGACACAAGCACAAAAAAUCAAAAAGAAGCAAAGAAGGAAAAGAAGCUGGCAGUGAGCCUGCCCCUGAACAGGAGAGCACCGAAGCUGCACCUGCAGAAUAGGCCUGUUCUUUUAGCAUCCUUGCCAAGCAAGCAUGUAUCAUUCCUGAUGUACUUCUACCAUUGACAGCAAGAAGAAUGUCACCACAUCUAAAAAAAUAAAACAAGGUAUAUGAUUAUUUUGAUCAUAGCUGAAAUUAAUUCAAGUUUAAUUGGAGGUCCUAAUUUUUGCUAUAUCAAUUUUAAUUAAAUUACUUCUCCCCUCCUCACUUUAAAUUCUGCAAACUCUUUAAAUUCAGCUUGCAUUAGAAGGGAUUCAUAAGCAAGUUGCUAAAUGGGACCAAGUAACUAUAAUCAUUUUGGAUUUCUUAGAAAUUGCAUGCUACAUAAAUGUGUUUAAUUUCUGACCAAUAUGAAAGGUAUAAUACAUGCCUUUUUUCAAGAAGGGCCAUGCUUUUUUUAUGCACAAAAAUGCAUAAAACAAAAUAUUUGAAUAUAAAUUUUAUACAUUUUUUUGUUAAAAUUGUUGUUAUUGUUACCUAAUU